AUGUCUUUUACUUCCAAGAGGCCGUGUCCCGAUGCAAUGAAAGGUUCGAUGGAGAAAAAGAUACACCGGAUAUCAAUCGAGGGAAACAUUGCGGCGGGCAAGUCCACCUUUGUGCGCCUUUUGGUGCAGGAGAGCGGGGACUGGCAGGUGGUACCAGAGCCAAUCGCCAGAUGGUGCAACGUGCAAACAAAAGGCAGUGACUUUGAGGAGCUGACCACAUCUCAGAGGAGUGGAGGGAACAUGUUGCAGAUGAUGUACGAGAAACCGGAGAGGUGGGCCUACACGUUCCAGAGCUACGCCUGCAUCAGCCGGGUGAGAGCUCAGAUCAGGUCGGCCAACGGGAAGCUCCGCGAGGCCGAGAACCCGGUGCAGUUCUUCGAGCGGUCCAUCUACAGUGACAGGUACAUCUUUGCAGCCAACCUCUAUGAGAGCGAGUGCAUGAAUGAGACAGAAUGGUCCCUCUACCAGGACUGCCACGGCUGGCUGCACAGCCAGUUUGGGAAGCACAUGGAGCUGGACGGUAUCAUCUACCUCAGAGCUUCACCGGAGAGAUGUUUGGAGCGGUUGCACCUGAGAGGCAGAGAAGAAGAGCAAGACAUCCCUCUGGAGUAUCUGGAGAAACUCCACUUCAAGCACGAGAGCUGGCUGCAGCACAAGACCAUGACCAUGGAGUUUGAGUAUCUCAGUGACGUGCCAGUCCUGACCAUAGAUGUGAAUGAAGACUUUAAAGGGAAUGAAAUCAAGAGCGCCGACAUGAUUGAGAAGGUGAAGGAGUUCUUGAGCACGCUGUGAAGAUCGCUCUGCGAUUGGAAAAUCUAAUCGGCUUCACGAAGGAGGAAACGCUGGAUGGA